CGGAAAAUCACAAUCAGUUCAAAUCUCAGCGAGAAAUUUAAAAACGCGAAAGCAGCGAAGUGAAUUUUGAUUGAAAAAAGUUGUAAAAGUUGUUUUGUAAAAAACAGUUGAGUGUAAAAAUGUCUCUUCUACCAUAUUUGUUUGGCGAUGGACCCUACAACAGACCAUCAAGGCUUUUCGAUCAACAUUUUGGAAUGGUUUUGGAACCGGAAGAUCUGUUUGAACCGGUGUCCAGAAAUUUCCUCAGAUGUCCUGCUGGUUACAUGAGAAACUGGAGGUCUGUAGCGUCAAGAAACGAUGAUGGUUCCACAGUAAAUUUCGGUAAAGACCAGUUCUCAGCCAAUCUAGAUGUCCAGCAGUUCAAACCCGAAGAAAUUACUGUGAAAGUAACAGGAGACCGGGAGGUUACCAUCGAAGGCAAACACGAAGAAAAAGAGGACGAACAUGGUUCUGUUUAUAGACACUUUGUCAGAAGAUAUGUUUUGCCCAAAAAUUAUGAUAUGGGUAAAAUCGAGUCCAAGCUGUCUUCAGAUGGUGUCCUUUCAAUUAUGGCCCCCAAAGUUGAGGAUGAAUCCAAAGAACACAAGAGUAUUCCUGUGGAACAAACUGGUAAGCCAGUUAAAGCAGUAGAAGGAGAAAAAGGAGCUGUUCCGAAAAAGUAAAAUAUUCAAAUAUUUUAUUUCGUUUAUUCGCAUUAUUUGAACUUGAUCUUGUUACGUUCAUUUUAUAAAAAAUGUUUUUUGUUUGUAUUGUCAUUAUAUUGCAGGUCAUGUAAAAUUAUAAAAUAUGUGUAAGACCGAUUUCAUAUUUCAUCCAAAUAUUUUUUACAUUUUGUCAAUUUUUUUUAAUAAAAACUAGUAAUAAAA